AUGUCGGCUGCCGUGGCGUGCCUGGACUACUUCGCCGCCGAGUGCUUGGUGUCCAUGUCAGCGGGUGCCGUGGUUCACCGCCGCCUGCCGGACCCCGAGGGCGCGGGCGGAGCGGCAAGCUCGGAGGUGGGUGCGGCGCCGCCGGAGUCCGCUCUGCCGGGUCCGGGGCCACCGGGGCCCGUGUCGGUCCCCCCGUUCCCCCAGGUCCCCGCCCCCAGCCCCGGCGCGGGCGGCGCCGCGCCCCACCUGCUGGCUGCAAGCGUCUUGGCUGACUUGCGCGGCGGCUCUGGGGGGUGCUUUGGAGAGUACUCGGGGGAAGAUCUGCGCGCCUCGUCCGGUUCCUCCGACCCUACCCCGUGCUCCGGCCCGACCCUGUGCUCCAAUCCGACCCCGGCCACCAGCGCGGCCGAGGUCUCCGGACCUGUGCACUCCUCCGGCGCGCUCACGGUCCCUGGCGCGCCAGCCAUCCCGGGAGUGCCUGCCCACCCUGGCGCGGUCUCCGGCGUGGCCCCUGGGGCGGGCCCCGCCCCCGCCACGGGUCCAGGCCCCCGUCGGAGGCCAGUCACACCUGCUGCCAAGCGCCACCGCUGCCCCUUCCCGGGCUGCAACAAAGCUUAUUACAAGUCAUCGCAUCUGAAGUCCCACCAGCGCACCCACACGGGUGAGCGCCCUUUCUCCUGCGACUGGCUCGACUGCGACAAGAAGUUCACGCGCUCCGACGAGCUGGCCCGCCACUACAGGACGCACACGGGCGAGAAGCGCUUCUCCUGCCCCCUCUGCCCCAAGCAGUUCUCCCGGAGCGACCACCUGACCAAGCACGCCCGCCGCCACCCAGCCUAUCAUCCCGACAUGAUCGAGUACCGGGGGCGCCGUCGCACUCCCCGCGUCGACUCGCAACCCGCCAACCUGGUGGACAGCUCCGGCUCCGUCCCCGGGCAGGUGCCCAGCUUCACCACCUGCUUGUCUGACAGUCAUUGCUGUUAG